CCCGCUACAGCCAAAGCACACAACCGGAUCGCCGCCAUGAGACCCACGCUCGCUCUCCAGGGCAAUCUGCGGCGCCUGCCGCUCUCCCCCAAGCAGGCGGGCAAGGAAUACUACAAGGGAAACCGCGUAGGCUCAAUGGGCACAAUCAACAGAUUCGGAAACUUCACACCAGACUGGAGCAAGAUACGGACAUUCGUAUACCCGAUUCACGGUACCAAGAAUAGCGAGUUGACACCCUUCGUCGACGCCAGUCUAGAAAAAGUACGCGAAAUCGACGCCGGCAAGGUUGAGAAUUACGAGAAGCGGUUUACAGGCGAGGACUACCUGAGGGCGUGGAAGAUGGCGGGUGGACAUGAUAUCGUGGAGACGGGAAGUGGCGCGGUCGAUUCGGGCAGGAAUAUUCCAACGCCGUUUGAGGAGAGGCCUGCAACCAAGUCAUGAACAAGGUGGAGGACAGGAAGAGGAAACUUGCGAUAGAUGCGAUACCAAGCCGAUGAUAGGGUGAUGUCAAGAGCGUCCAGACCAGGACAUGGUUCAGUGUGACAACCUGGUGCUGUAUUGCCAUGGACACAAGAAAGGCGUUGGGCAUGUAUGAUGCUACUAUGCCGGAACAAGAGGAUUCGGCAGAAGACGGCGCAGACAUACCGCCAAGCGGCUUAUGAUGUUGUAUAUACUGUACAUUAGGGUAUCAUAUGGUCCCAUUUAUUCAUAACACAUGCCGACC